ACGCUGCUGAGUUACAUUUUCAGCUUGUUGGGUUGGAGAUCCCUGGGAGACACCCAGGUGGGGUGCUGAGCUCAAAAGCUAGGUCUGCCUGGAGCUAUGGAUUUGGGAGUUACAUGCAUAUAGAAGGGAAGCAGCCCGGGCACGAGCUGGCCACAGGUACCCGAGAUCAUGUCAGAACUUUGAGUGGGGCCGGGUGUCGGGGAGCAGCUGCCACACACUGGCCUUCCCAACUCACCUUCAAGAUGCUCAGCGUGAAGCUCCCCCGGCUGUUCAGCAUAGAUCAGAUGCCACAGGUUUUCCAUGAACAGGGCAUCCUCUUUGGCUACCGACAUCCACAGAGUUCUGCCACUGCCUGUAUCCUCAGCCUUUUCCAAAUGACUAACGAGACCCUCAACAUCUGGACUCACUUGCUGCCCUUCUGGUUCUUCACGUGGAGGUUUGUGACCACUCUGUAUGUGACAGAUGUCGAGAAUGACAACUACUCCUGGCCUCUGCUCGUGUACAUGAGCACCAGCUGCGUGUAUCCCCUUGUGUCCAGCUGUGCACACACCUUCAGCUCCAUGUCCAAAAACGUCCGGCACAUCUGCUACUUCCUGGACUAUGGUGCCGUCAACCUCUUCAGCCUGGGCUCAGCCAUCGCCUACUCUGCCUAUGCGUUCCCUGAUGUGCUGGUGUGUACCACCUUCCGUGACUUCUACGUGACCCUGGCUGUGCUGAACACCAUCGUCAGCACCGGCCUGUCCUGCUACUCCAGGUUUCUGGAACUCCAGAGGCCCAGGCUCUGUAAGACACUCCGGGUCCUCGCGUUUGCUUAUCCCUACACCUGGGACUCCCUCCCCAUCUUCUACAGGCUAUUCCUGUUCCCAGGGGAGAGUGCACAGAACGAAGCCUCCUUGUACCACCAGAAGCACAUGCUCGUGACUCUCCUGGCCUCUUUCUUCUACUCUGCGCACCUGCCGGAGCGCCUGGCCCCUGGAUGCUUCGACUACAUUGGUCACAGUCACCAGCUGUUCCAUGUCUGUGUGAUCCUGGCCACGCACAUGCAGAUGGAAGCCAUACUUCUGGACAAGAAUCUGAGGAAGGAAUGGAUCCUGGCCAACUCCAGGACCCUGUCUUUCCCACAGCUAGCUGGAGCCAUCCUUCUGUGUCUCAUCUUCAGCCUCAGCAACAUAAUUUAUUUCUCAGCUGCUCUGUAUCGGAUUCCCGAGCCAGAAUUACAUAAAAAAGAAACAUGAUUCAGACCAUAAGCUUUUUGUGCCAGAUGUCAACAUGAAGCUGUAACAUCCUCCUCGUCAUAAGCUGGUGGCGUGGGACUAGUGUAGAGUGGCCUAAAAUGUUCAGAAUGAUUGGUUCCUGGCAUUUUUGCAUGGGUUCAUAUCAAUAAGGUAUUUAACGGGAAAACUCUCUAGAUGUGCACUGAUUCUGUAUGUGUGAUUUUAAAAGGGGAGCAUGGGUUCAAGUAUGUCCUCGUUCAGGUAAAUCAUUACUAUUUCAUUAAGUUUUAAAUUUAUUUAAAAUGAGUUUUUCACUUCUAUUUAAAGAGUUGGAUUAAGCUUUACUACCCUUGUAGUAUUACUCUUUAAAAAUGGAAUUUGCUGCAUUCAAUGAGUUUCAUGUAGCAAAGCUUCUUCCAAGAGUUCCCACAAUGGAAGGAGAAUGAGCCAGAAAGGUCAGUGGGGGGACCUGAGAAAGAGGAAGUUGGGUCUCUGGGAGCCCUGGGGACUGGGAACGCACUCCAGAAUGAAGAGACCUGGUUUGGGCAGAGGUUGUGUUUCUUUUACCACCUAGUAAAGGAAAUGAAUAUAAAGUCCUCUUUUUCCACAAGUCCAUUCUGCUUCAAAGUGCAAAUUGCCAUGUCUUUGGGAUUUGGAUUUGGACUAUGGAUUUGGAUUUUCUUAAACGUCCACAGCCUAUGUAUGGCUGGGUACGAUUUGUUCUAUUUUGCUUUCUCUUCUUGUUGCCAGUGUGAUGAUGCAAAGUAGUAUGCAGGGCAGGUAAAAUGUGUUACACUGUGGGAGUUUGCUUAAUUAAUCCCUGUUGGUUGUGCUAAGUUGUCACCUUUAAAUCAAUGACAGCACUGCUUUUAGGGAUGUCAUACAUUUGCUGUUGCUUCAGCAUUGCAAAUAUGCUGCAAAUUUUAGUAUUCAAGUGCUGAGGAUGUUAAAGACCUUGCCAAAGGAUUGGUCAAAUAUAGUGAUUUUUCCAGCUUUACUGUGAAUCAGAAACACUUGGUGAGCUUGUGACAGAUUCCCAGAGAAACCAGGAGAUUGUGUUUUACUAGUAUAAAAAUGUAGGUUUCCUAGAGGAGAUCUGCACUGCAGCAAGUCGCCAGGUGACUCAUAUGCAGAAGCGCCACAGGCUAAACUUGAAGAAAUGCUGGUGUCAGGAAUUCCAGAAGGCACUGGGCUUACCAGCUUUAUUUUCAUUGAUGUAAUUUUCAGCAACUCACCACCUAAGGAUGUGUCCCCUGCUUUCCAUUCUGCAUAGUACUAAAACACUGAGCAUUUUCUCAUCUGUUGCAUUACUAAUGAAAGUUCAGUGUUUCAUGGUGUUUUCAGAGCGUACAGAAAUGCUGAUGCAAAACAGUUUUUAACAGAGGCCCAUCAACCCCUGAUCUGUACUUGCUAAUGACUUAAGGGGCCAUUCACAAUGCGAUAUCCUCUUUGCUGACUCAGGAACACCCCCAUAUCUUAGAAUACUGCUUCUGUGGCUAACUGGCCCACACGCUUUAAUGGCCUUACACGUAGCUCACCGUCCAACCCUCUGCGGACAAGUAACAAUUUAUAUUGGAUGAGAGUGGUCAAGAAAUAUGAUUUCAUUCGUUUUGUUAUCUGUUUACUUCCUCUGGGGAAGGUAGACUGAUAAAAUUAUAUGGGUUGAUAAAUUUUUGGUAUAUUAAUUACCAAAUUUAGGACACAGUAGUACAUUAAUUACCAAAUUAAGCUACACGACAAAAUUUGUUCUUUAGCAACAAUCUGACGUCAUUAGUGGAAUUGUACUCCAGCAGGGUCUGUGGGCUUCCAUUUCAUCUUACCAUAACUUCAAUUUUAUAGUGAAAAAAGGUACAAUGUUUAAAUACACUAUUUGAGUAAUGCCAAAGACAUGAAGCCUUUCAAAUACUCUUGUUUAUAACAAAAGAGUAUUCUUCGAUCAGCUCAGAAAUAAUUGGAAGAUAAUGGGUGAUUAAUUUGAAAGACUUUUAGAUUAUUUAAUCUUGGUUAUGUUGUUUAUUCAUCAUGCUUAAUGAUGAAAAUAAAAUGUUGAGCCAACAAAAUAAGACCAAGUGUUUCAUAGUGUUUUUAUAAGGUUGGUAAACUUAGUCCCAUUGUAUGUUUUUGGACAGUAUUGCAAAUUAAAAUUUUAUAAUAGUGUGCAGUACACUGAUUAGGAAGCUUCUAAUGUGGAGUGAAAAUAAGGUUCUAAUAUAUCGAUUGUCAUUAAAUAUUAAGUCUGAUGUGGAUAUAGUUUUGCCUAAGUCAUCCCAGAAAGUCAAAAAGGUUGGCAGGGAGUCAGUUGAAUAUUUGCAAUGGAGUUCUCAAAAAAUGUCAAUGUCUCAAUACACUUUAGAGAUGUGCCAUAUUCCUUUUGGUGGCAAUUGGUCACCCUGGCACUGUCUCAAAAGGGAUUAUGUAGGGGCAGUAGACUCCUAAUGGGAUAUCACGCCGCCUGCUUGAGAAACACUACUCUAAAAUUUACCAGAUAUUAUAGUUGUGAUAAAACUUGAAUGUGUUUGAAUGAGGCCAUUUAGUCAACUGUAUCUCCCUUUACUCAUUGUAGAGUUUUCCAUUGCUCAGUUUUCAGAGACUAACUCUCCACCUUUCUAAAGAAUUUGUCAUUGUUGAUUCGAAUUAGAAGUAGGAAGUUUCUAAGCCUUUUGAGUACAAAGUGAUUUAAAUAUUUGGUCUGCUGCAAUCUUUCUCAAAGUGUUUUUUGUAGAACGCUGCUCACCUGAGAGGUUCUGAGGAAGGCAGGUGGAGUAGAAUGGUAUUGUCAGAUAUGUUGGAGAAAUACUUCAUCUGUAUCUACUGUGUCCCAAAUUUGUUUUGGCCAUGAUACCCUUCUUAUAUGAAACACCUAUUAAUCCUGUAUAACAAUUUAUGACAUAUUAGUUAAAUGCCAGCCUCUGCUUUUCUAGUCAACAAUCCAUUAUGGAUGAAAAGGCAGAUCCAUUUUCAAACGCAGAGAUGUUCUUUCAGUGUCUGGUUUUCUUAAACUGUGUGGGAGAAAUAAAUAAAAUUUAUUUAUUAUAAUACAGUAGUCCUGUUUCUCACUUGGUUUGGUCAUAUUUCACCUACCACAUUGUAAACAUGUUCAUUCAUCAUGAGAAAUAGAUUCCUGGAUGUGUGUGCAUUGCUAAAUAAUUUGAUGACUAUUUACUUAGUGCCUAGUAUAUAUGGAACAAACAUUGUCCUAGGAACUAGGGAUC